AUGAUGGGUUCUUGCACAUCAACUACAAAACGUCGACAAAAAGAUCAUCAACAACUGCAUAAACGAAUAGAAUUAAAGAACUCAGUUGCUCUUGACAAUAAAGAUAUUGCGUCAUUACAAUCGCCUCCAUUUCUAAACCAACAAUCUCAACGUCCUCAUUCUUUAUUAUCUAAUAUUAAUGUUCAAUCAUCUCCUUUACAAGAAUCUAUUUGUCAUUCAAUUAAUACGAACAGUUUAAUACAAUUAUAUACACCUAAUAUGAAUAAUAAUAAUAAUUAUAAUAGACAUAGUUGGAUACCAUCAUCAUCAGUUACAUCUCAUAAUCCAACACGUAUUCCAAUAUCAAAAAAUCGAUUAUCUCUUCAUCAACCACAAUCAUCAUCAAUAAGUUCAGUACAAUUUAGAAAUGUAACUGCUACAUUUACUACUCCUAAUCAAACAGGUUCUUCUCUACCAAUGUCAAUAACAAAUCGUGCAUCAACACAUGUAUCAUCUACACAAAAUAAUACACAAUCACGUUUUGGUUUUAUACCUCGGCCUAUAGCACCCGGUUUACAACAACCACAAGCAUCAUCAUCACUUAUAAAUCGUAGUCGUUCAAUUAGUCCAUCAUCAUCAUCUAUUAGUGGUAAUUCUUCAUCAACAAAUGCUUCUCAACGUUUAACAAAAAAUCAAGUAAUACCAAAAGCAACAUCAAAUCGAUCUAAUACGUCUUCUUCAAAUGCUACACAUGUAUCAAAAUCGAAAACAUUUUCUUCUUCUCGUAAUAAUAAUAAUAAUAAAGAAUCACCAACAUCCAAAUUAACAACAACUAAUCGUUUACAUACAAAUAUACCUUCACCAAAUUCAACAACAACACCAUCUGUAUCUAUUUCUCCUGUUCAAUCAACAAAAACAAAUGUUAAUAUUAUACGUGAUCGAUAUAAAAAUCAAAAACGUAUGAAUUUUUAUAGUCGACGUACAUCAAUGCCAAAUUCACUUAAAAAUCCAUCAGUAAUUAAAGAAGAAAAAAAUGAACAAAUAAUAAAUAUUUCAAAUGAAAAUCAAACUGAUGAUUUAAAAACCGAAUCAUCUCAACAAAUAUCUUCAUCACAUGGUGAUUCUGCUUAUGCAAGUAUAACAUUACCUUUAAAUCGUGUACCAUCUGUACAAUAUUCUCAAAUUAAUCGACAACAACGACGUACAUCUAGUACAUUAUCAUCAUCAUCAAAUGUAUCUGAUGUAUUAAAUCAUGAUGCAUUUCUUGAUGAUGAUAAUUGUAGUUUAAAAUCAGAUGAUUUAAUAUGUGAUUAUGAUGAUACAUUAACACUUGAAUCUGCUAGUAAAAAUGAUCAAACAGAUUCAUUAUCAUCAACAUCAUUAUCUAUUGAAACAAAUAAAAAACCUUCAAUGAUAACAUCAACUACAAUAAUAAAACCAAAUAUUCCAUUAUUUCAAAAUGUAUCAAAAGAAAAUCGUUCUUCAUCUAUAGUAAAAUGUUCAACAACUGAUAAAAUAAAUGCUAAUCUUAGAGAAUCACUUGAUGAAUUAACUGAAUUAAGUAAUCGAAUGGAUAAUAUUGUCGAUAGUGAACAUAAUCGAAGAUUACAAACACGAUCAUUGUCAUUAAAACCACCAACAACUACAUUACCACCACGUGAAGAUGCUGAACAAAUAAUUAUGGAUAUUGAAUCUUAUCGACAAGUAAUGAAAGAUGUUACGGUUGUUAAAACAAUUCUUCAUCAACUUGAUAGAUUAUUAAAACAUUCAGAUGGUACUAAUAUGACUGAUUCAAUGAUAGGUUCAUUUCAUGAAUCUAUGAUUAGUUCAAGACAUUAUUCAAUAAGUGCUGGUGGUGGUGAUAGUAAUCUUCGAAAUACAAUUGAUGAAAAUUCUUCUUAUGAUGAUUUAGUUAAAGAAAUUAUAAUAUUACGUAAAGAAAGAGAACAAGAUAAACAAACAAUUAAAUUAUUACAAGACCAAAUGUAUAAAUAUUCCAGUCAAACAAACGUUUAA